UUGCAGCUGAUAGGGAGUGAAAGAACAGGUUCGGGAUAUUUACCUUGUAUUAUAAGUCGUUUGUAACACCAUACAUAAACGGGAGAUUCCCGUAGAUCAUAGUUUCAUCUAAGUUUAAAUUGUUUAUUGUAUUCGAUUGUGGUACAGUUAUUCGUUUGAGGACAUGUCUCUGUCAGGAAGUUAUCAGAAACCGGUAGUGCAGUAGCUAGCUAUCUAAAGCUUUCGCCGGUCGCGUACAGUCAGGCGGACCUCUUUGUCUGGCUGGAAAAGCGUGUUCGGCAUUUUCUUUGUUUGGUAGUCUAAAGUGAACUCUGGGACCAGCGUUUCUCCACAGACGUUCUUCCAAAAGUGUGAAAAAGAUGCAAAACGUGAAGAAAUACUUCACAGAAGGACUGAUCCAAUUUACGAUCUUACUCAGUUUGAUCGGAGUUCGCGUGGAUGUCGACAGUUACUUGAACGGCUCCUACUCACCGCUAGAGAUUAGCGACGGUCCUAGCUCAGCCUACAUCCAGACACCGUUUCACAGUUUGAGGGACAACUGGGACGGGAACAGCGUGCACCCCAAAUGUCCCGAGUUGGAUUAUUUCUUCGCCUGCCGUCGGCUCCUGGAUGAGGUGAGGGCGCUUGGGUCGCCCAUCCGGUUCCCUACGCAGCUGAGCGCGUGGCUCGUACACCAAGUACCUGACAGCUCUGAGUUCCGAGAGCCACCAAACAGCACGAGUAACAGUAAUGUUAGCGCGGGGUUGUUGUCAGAGAGUACCGGGGAAGAGGCCAACGACACUGAACUUCUCGCCGUCGACGAAAGCCAUACUGCCGCCCAGCUAAGUGAGCCGGGGCCUUAUCCCAGCACUGGAGCCUGCGAGAUACCCAAUGAGGAGGUUGAGGAACUGAAGGGGCGGAUCCAAGAGUAUGGUGAUGAAGGCAGAGAGGAACCUGUUUCCCUGACCCAGCUGGCUCUCAGUUCCACACUAGAACAUGAGGGUUUGUUAAGUAGCGGAGCCCCUCUCUCCAGCUCUGAGGACCCCCACCCCCCUGACAUCGACCAGCACUGGAGCCAAUUCCUGUCCCUACCGAUCUAUGAAUUUGACGAUUUAGACCCAUUGGUUCCUCAGCAGCUGUCUGACCUCGACGACGACAUCUCCAGCGCCAUCAGCCAGGAUGUCAGUCUCCGCGAUGCCAUGGUAACAGGCUCCGUCUACGACAUGAUCCCCCCGAGGGGUGGAGUCAGGACCCUGGUGGCACGGCAACCAAGAGGGCCCCUCUUCCGACUCUUGUCCGCAAACUCCUCCAACUCAUCGCCUGGUACGACCACAGGGCUGGCUGCACUACCGAACGCUGCGGUGGUCAACGGAACACGAAAUGGGUCAUCGUCCCAUGGUGCACUCGAAGGCUGUUUGGAUGAGGCAGUGUUUGACCAGAUCAACCUCCUGGGGCUGGAUGGCUGCUUGGAAACCAUGGACGCCCAGCUGCUGGGGAUUCUACAGGACCCUCGUGUCCUGGAGGACCUAGACUCAGAUUCCGGUCUUUCCCUGGAGAGCAGCUCUCGAGGCCCAGACUCCCCAAGUGCAUCUGAGGUGUCGUCAUCGUCUUCCAGUUCGUUUUUUGAGGACGAGGGUGGGGCUACGGGCUACAGCAGUGAGGUGGACUCCCUCCCCUCCAAGAGCAAUGCCAACUACCACACAUGGUCGCCUGUGGAUUUCAGCGAGAGCGUGUGGCACGACCACAGCUACUCCUCCGCAGCCUUCUCCCAACCGUCAGCCACCACUUUCCCCAACAAAGCCAUCAAAGAGGAGCCUUUCAGCGAUGAAGACGGGGAAGAUGACGAAGCCCGGGAGCUUAGCCGCGACGAACUCCGCACCCGGGCCCUGCAUGUCCCGUUCUCGGCGGCGGAGAUCGUCAGCAUGCCCGUAGAGGAGUUUCUGGAGCUCUUGGAGGGGCAUGGCCUCUCGCCCACCCAGGUUGCCUUCCUGAGGGACAUCAGGCGGCGAGGGAAGAACAAGCUGGCGGCGCAGAACUGUCGCAAGCGCAAGCUGGAUGCCAUCACGGGGCUCCAGGUGGAGGUGGAGAGGCUGCAGGCCCAGAGGAGCAGGCUGCUCAGGGAGAGGCAGCACACGGCCAAGGCUCUUGGUGCCGCAGGCCAGCGCAUGGAGCACCUCUCCAGGGACAUAUUCUCCAGGCUGAGGGAUGGCUCAGGACGACCCCUGACCCCAGAGAGAUACACCUUGCAGUGCGAGGCCAACGGGAGGGUCCUGGUGCAGCAUAUCAGGCGGCCUAGUGUUGCCACGACAACAGCUGGAGGUAAACCGGACAAAAGGAAGAAGGAGAAGAAGCCUUGAUGCAGCAAGGGCUGCUGGUACUUGAGACUUUUUAAGGGGUGUUAUUGUUUUUUUCUGAACUUACAGUCCAGAUUCUGCUCUUGUGACUGUUUCCGGAUCUUUCUCUUCCUCCUUGUCUAGACUCUUUGACCUUGGGAACCUAAAAGGGCAGAAACGUAUGUUAAAUAAAUACACCCAAAAACAUACAUUUAAAUACAAAUAUUACAGAACGUGUGAAUGGAGUUUUUUUCUCUCUUUUUUUCUAGAAAAAUAAUCGUACCUCAAACACUGGACUCUUAACGUUUUCCUCACUAUGUAAAGGAAAGGUUUGUAUUAUCUUUAAAGCAUUUCUUACAAGGAGGAUAUAUUGUUUUCCUGAGGAUGUCAGGCUGCAGUAUCAUUUGUAUAAUUCCUACAAAAAUAAAUUGUAGGACAGUUAAAAUGAAAAACAGAACGCCAAUUGUAUAUCUUAAAGGGACCCUUUGGGAUUUUGCCAAUGAGGCCAUAUAUCUACCUGAGAAAAUAAAAUACAUCUACUUCCCCAUAGUCAGACCAGCUCGUGGAUACCAUGUCUGUGUCCUGUAUGAAGGAAGUUAGAGGUCGUUUCACAAGCCAAAUGCUUACUAGUGUUAGCUCAAUGACUGGAAGUCUAUACUAACAGAUACCCAUAGACUAGUUAGCAAUUACUCUAGAGCUAGUUAGCAACUAACUUCAAACUGCACGCAAAGACAGAAAUGCUGUCCACAAGUUCAUCCGACUGGGGAAGUAGAUAAAAGGCUUCAUUGCCAAAAUCCUGAAGUACCCCUUUAACUUCGACUCGGUAUCUAUAAAGAUUUCAAAGAUUCUGACCUAUGUUCCCUCAUAGACCUUAGUUCUGGAGUUUAAGUUGAAAUGUUUCUAAACUCAAUCUAACUGCCGAUAUGUUAGACAUGUCAUUUGAAAGGCCUUAUUUUAAUUUGGAAUCAUGUUUUGAUAGUUGUGUAUUGGUGAAACACAGAUGUACAUGGCUAUUGCUUUUUGUGUGAUCAAUUUUUGUAUGUUUAAAAAAAACAAAUCUAAAUAACAAUUUUUUUGAAGCGCUGUAUGCUUUUCUCUGAUAUUAUGAAGCAGGGCUUUGACUCUGAUGGUUUUCAUUCUACCUCAACUACAGCAGAUUUAUAUGGAUGGUUUGGGCAGAUUGUAGGAGAGACCUUUUUUUAUUGCAUGGGGAGAGGGUUGGUUGAGAAACACAAGUGCACCGAAGUCUCUGCAAAUGCUUCACUGUAGUAGGUCAAUUUUGAUGAUGAUAACUGAUGUAACCCUCAUCCACUUAGUGAAGCAAUGCAUUCACCUGCUUUUCUGUUCAGAAGUUUAGUAUGCUUGUAUGUAUGUUUUUAUAUUAUUUGAGAAUUACUUUGAGAGAUUGAAGAAAAGUGUAGUAGAAGAUAAAACAGGAAAAAACACUGUACGGAGUUCUACAAGAAACAGACCGAGGUAGGCUAUAGUACCUAUUUCAAGCAUUUGAAAGCACCUAUUCAGUUGUCCUUUUAUUUAGAUGAAUAUUGAAAAUGUUCUUUACACCUCAGAAAUUGGUUUUGCCUUGGACAAAACCAAUCAGAUUCUAAAGAUACACUGAACAGUUUUAUAUUUUUCAUUUUCUAUUUAUUUUUUUCUUAGUCACUUCUAUGUUGUUGUUUUUUUGCUGUGUGGGAGUAAAUGAGGCUGAAUUAA